AUAGACCUUUCUGAUAAAGCUUACUUAGUUCUUACCUUUCUUUCUCCUUUAACUGGGUUUACACAUGAUUUUCACCAGCCAGGCCAGUAAGUUACGGAUCAUGAUGUGGCAACCCUACCUGCUAGCAAACCUGCCACUUAUAUCAAGGGAAUUUCUUGUUAGUUUGCCACAUAGACCUAUUGCUGCUUUAAUAAACUGUAUGACGCAAUUUAGUGGUACAUCCAAAGUGUUAACAGGAGCAUGCUUCCAAGUGCAGUCCGACGUCUUAUAAUGGCUAACUAAAGAAAUGUUUCUGCAAGUACAAAGUUUAUAACCCACCAGUUUAACUCCAAGGUAACACAACAGGAUCAAAAGAUACGUUUCUGCUUGCAGAGGGGAGAAUGAGCCAGGCGCAGAGUAUGGGUCGGGUACUGCUCCUCACAAUGUGUGCAGCAGGGAUAGGGGGCACCUUCCAGUAUGGAUACAAUCUAACAAUAAUCAAUGCACCCACCAUGCACAUCCAGAAAUUUGUGAACGAGACGUGGCUGGAGCGCAAUGGCCAGCAGCUGGACAGCCAGGUCAUCACUCUCAUAUGGUCCAUCAUAGUCUCUGUGUACCCUCUGGGAGGGUUUCUUGGAGCACUGCUGGCAGGCCCAAUGGCAAUUAGACUGGGACGGAAGAAGUCUCUGCUGUUUAAUAACCUAUUCGUAAUACUCUCUGCAAUUCUGUGUGGACUCAGCCGCCCUGCAAAAUCCUUUGAGAUGAUUGUUCUGGGCAGAAUUUUAGCUGGGCUGAAUUCAGGAGUCAGUAUGAACGUCCAGCCAAUGUACCUGAGUGAAAGUGCCCCUAUGAAACUUCGUGGCACGGUGGCUAUGUCCUCUGCCGCCUUCACUGCCCUGGGUCUAGUACUGGGACAAGUUAUAGGACUAAGGGAGAUCCUUGGCAGCGAAGAAUGCUGGCCUUUCCUCUUAGCCAGUAAUGCCGUCCCAGCUAUGCUGCAGCUUUUUGUUCUUCCAUGGCUUCCUGAAAGCCCCCGUUACCUGUUGAUUGACCUAAAAGACAAGGAUUCCUGUAUCUGUGCAUUGCAGCGUCUACGUGGUCACAGUGACCUCAGUCUUGAAAUGGAGCAGAUGCUGGCAGAGCAAGCGGCUAUCAAAGGUCAGAGGCCAAAGAGCUUGUGUGAGUUGAUCCGAGAACCAACACUAAGGAGGCAGAUACUCACUAUUGUAGUUCUUAGCAGUGCCAUGCAGCUGUGUGGUAAUGACUCGAUGUAUUUCUAUGCAUCAUCCAUAUUCCAGGAGGCUGGAAUACCACUGGAGAAGAUUCAGUAUGUUGUAAUAGGCACUGGAAGCUGUGAGCUUGUCACUUCAAUCACCUGUACUGUAUUCAUUGACCGGGUCGGACGCCGAGCCCUGGUGAUGGGAGGAUACAGCCUAAUGUCUGUUUGGGCUGUGGUUUUCAUGGUGGCCUUAUCACAACAGGGUCAUGUCAGCUGGAUGCCAUACCUCAGUAUGGUUUGUAUUUUUGCCUACAUCCUGAGCUUCGGCAUUGGCCCAGCUGGUGUCACUGGAAUAAUGCCUGGAGAGAUAUUUGACCAAAUGGCUCGGCCAGCUGCAUACAUGAUAUGUGGUUCUCUAAUCUGGAUUAUGCUGUUUGUGAUUGGCCUGGCUUUCCCUUUUAUUUUGCAAGGCCUUGGGCACUUCUGUUUUAUACCUUUUCUUGUGGUUUGCGUCAGCACUGCUUUGUAUGUUGGAAUCUUCCUCCCAGAGACCAAAGGGAAAAGCCUGCUUGAAAUAACAGAGGAUUUCACCAAGCACAGUGUCAAGCGAAAAAAUGUGGCAAAUGGCUGGAGUGGACCCCAAGAGAUAAAAUCUACCAUGUUGUGAGAGCCUUUUAACUUAAAUCUGGCAUAUCCAUGUUGCCUGAGUUUAGCACUGAGUCACUGCAGGACUGGAUCCACAUGUUGACUCAUUGAUGCAGAGAGUAAAUUAUUUCAAACAGAACCUUUUAAAUUGUAAUAUAAACCAACACCUUCUGGCUAAUCUGAUGUCUGGUUUAACCAUACUCCCAAUAUCUUGAAAAUGGAAAGAGGGACAAGAAGAAAUGCCAUGCACAGCAUGGUGACAUUUUUGACCAUGCCCAUUUUUGCAACCACACCCCCUAAAUACCACUCCCAUUUUACUAAAUUUGGCAGGUUAU